CUUCCUGAGGAGAAAUCAUUAUAUAUUCUAAAAAUACCCCCCCCCUUCUCUAUGGACUUCACAUAAAACUAGCUCUGUUUGUAUUUGGGUUUAUUGUCUAAAUGUCAGUACCGUAAACCCGUAUCAGUCACACAAAAAUCGGGGGAGUUAAACCAUGAGUUGUGGAAAAGACUUUGUGGAAACAUUAAAAAAAAUUGAUUAUCCCAAAGCUGAUGUUCUUAACGGGGAAGACUUUGACUGGUUGUUUGAGACUGUCGAAGGUGGGUCAUUUCUGAAGUGGUUUUGUGGGACAGUGAAUGAACAGAACGUCUUGUCGGAAGCAGAAUUGGAGGCUUUCAGUGUUCUUCAGAAAUCAGGCAAGCCCAUCCUGGAAGGAGCAGCACUGGAUGAAGCUCUUAAAACCUGUAAAACUUCUAGUCUGAAGAUACCUACCCUGGAUGACAAAGACCUAGAGAAAUUAGAGGAUGAGGUUCGGACGCUGCAGAAAUUAAAGAACCUAAAAAUUCAGCGACGUAAUAAAUGUCAGUUGAUGGCUUCGGUAACAAGGCACAAAUCUCUGAGGUUAAAUGCUAAAGAAGAAGAAGCCACUAAAAAGCUGAAGCAGAGUCAGGGAGUUCUAAAUGCUAUGACUACUAAGAUGAAGAAUGAACUUCAGGCUCUUACAGAUGGAGUUGCAAAAUUGAUGGUGUUCUUCAGACCUUCGGAUUUGGGUCCAGGGACAAAUCCUCUGGUGUUUUUAUCUCAGAUUUCCUUGGAAAAAUAUCUCAGCCAAGAAGAGCAAUGCACAGCAGCUUUAACCUUAUAUACCAAAAAACAGUUCUUUCAGGGUAUACAAGAAGUAUUUGAAAGUUCAAAUGAAGAGAAUUUUCAGCUUUUAGAUAUACAAGCACCAUCUAUUUAUGAUAACCAAGAAAUCCUUGAGGAGAGGCGGCUAGAGAUGGCUAGGCUGCAGCUAGCAUACAUGUGUGCUCAACAUCAGUUAAUUCACUUGAAAGCACGUAAUAUGAGCAUGAAAUCAAGUAUAAAAUGGGCAGAGGAGAAUCUUCAUAGCUUUACUAGCAAAGUUCUUGGAAAAGAUCAUUUGGAUGCUAAAAUUUCUAGCUUGAAUACUCAGAUUCUGAAACUCGAAGAACAGAUUACUCAUAUAAAAGACAAAAGUUUGCCUGCUGUGGUAAAAAAGAAUGCCCAGUUGUUGAAUAUGCCAGUUGUGAAGGGAGAUUUUGAUCUGCAGAUUGCCAAACAAGACUAUUAUACAGCAAGACAAGAGUUUGUUAUAAAUCAAUUGAUAAAGCAAAAAGCAUCAUUUGAACUUCUGCAGUUAUCAUAUGAAAUUGAAAUGAGAAAGCAUCGGGACAUACAUCGUCAACUUGAAAAAUUGGUUCAUGAACUUAGUCAAAGUAAUAUGAUGCUCCAUAAGCAAUUAGAAAUACUAGCUGACCCAUCAGUAUCUCAGCAGAUAAAUCCAAGGAAUACCAUUGAUACCAAGGAUUAUUCUACUCACAGGCUUCAUCAGCUUUUAGAAGGAGAGAAUAAGAAAAAAGAAUUGUUUAUAACCCAUGAAAACCUGGAGGAAGUGGCUGAGAAAUUAAAACAGGAUGUUUCUUUAGUACAAGAUCAAUUGGCAGUAUCUGCUCAAGAACAUUCUUUCUUUCUGUCCAAACUGAAUAAUGAUGUGGACAUGCUUUGUGAUGUUUUGUAUCAAGGAGGAAACCAGCCUUUGCUUAGUGAUCAGGAGUUAACGGAGCAGUUUCAUCAAGUUGAGUCUCAACUGAAUAAGCUAAAUCAUCUUCUCACUGAUAUUCUUGCUGAUGUAAAGACAAAAAGAAAAAUUUUGGCAUCUAAUAAACUGCAUCAAAUGGAAAGAGAAUUAUAUGUAUAUUUUUGUAAAGAUGAAGAUUAUCUGAAAGAGAUCGUGGAAAAUUUAGAAAACCAAUCAAAGAUUAAGGCUGCUGAUCUCAAAGAAUGAAAAUUACUACAUACUGAAUCUUUACUACAUAGGCUAUGUUUUAAUGUUUUACAUAUCAGGAGGAGAAUAUAGCUAAUAAACACUAAGAAUUUAAA